AUGGCGGAAGAUCGUCGGGUGAAGACUGCAGUGAGGCACCCCCAGCGCCGCAACUUGUGUGUUGAGAUUAACGCCGACGCCGACGAGGCGUCUGCUGCGUCACCGGGAGCGCUCAGCGACGAGGAAUGGGUGGAUUCCGCCACGGAUUCUGGCAGCAACACGAGCGGUCAGUCCAAGCAGGGCCGAUCUGGGGGGAUGGAUCAUCCACGCCGCCUUCAGGACGACAACGAAGACGCUCAAGGACUGGAGGUGCUCGUUGCCCCGUUAGAGCGUUUUGAGUUCGACUCAUGGGAGGAUCUAGAGAGCUACUUGGCCGAGUACACCAAGGGGACACACCAGAGCUUUCGUAUCCUCACGAAGAACACAGUGACUGCACACAAUGCCAAGAUUCGCCCAACGGGGUCAAAUAAGCCGUUGUUGCCGAACGAGUGGGUGAACUACGGGAAGACCUCCAUUUGUACACACUCAGGGACGUACAAGUCGAGGGGGAAGGGGAAGGGGAAGUGGAAGCGUCUGCAGUCACGGGCUAUGGAGUGUGAGGCGCAGAUCAAUGCGUGUGUCCAAGUCGACGACGCUAAGGUCCCGACAUUCAUCUUGAGGAUCACUUCCGCACGAUUAGUGCAUAACCACCCUGUGAACAAGCUUACGUACAACCAGUACCCACACGUGCGAACCGCGUUGGAGUCGGAUGUUGUGGGUACAGUGAAUGAACUUCGGAAGGCCGGAGCAAAGAAGAAGCGCAUUCUGAAGUACAUUCACGACAACACCGACCUGAACCCGUCAACGCAAGACGUGUCUAAUCUGAUCCGGAGAUUGAAAGCCAAAGAGAACACGGCCUCGACCAGCGCCACACGGCUGAAGAAGUGGAUGAAAGAGUUCGCAAAGGAGUCUGGAAAUGUUGGUAGGAUCUUUGUGGAUUCAGUGGGAGAAAAGGAAUGA